AUGGACAAUCCCGUCACGUUCACACCAAAUGCUUUAACGCCGGAAUCCAUUCGUCGUACUACUCCGCCCAUGUCUGCCCCCGAUCCAGCUCCGGCCGGUUUCAACUUUAUAACGGUCGAUCCCUCGUCACGAACAGAAAGUUCCUCCAGCCGAACGCUCAUCCGUGCAAAUGCCGGUCGAUAUAUAUGGAAGCGCCGCAAAGCCGGCAGCAAGGAAAGUGGCAGAACGAAACCAUACGAAAGGCCAAACCCCCAGAGCCCACCUUUAUCAAGCUCACCCGAAAGUAAAGAGGUCGUUGUAAAAUCAGAAUUCGACACUCAACAGAGCCCAUCGAUAACAGACGAGGGAACUUCACUGGCCGACACCGAACUCGUUCCAUAUAAGCGCGAAUCAUCAUGUGAUACCAUCGAUUUGAAGGCUCCACUUAGUCAUGGCUUGAAGACGCCUAUGUUGACUGUCUUUGGGACAGAGAUACCAGAGGAUAUUGUUCGACGGACAAUGAAAUACUCCGCCUCCGUUGUGAUGACCAAAAUGUUGCCUCAGGACCCGAGCGCCGAAGCGCCGAAAGUAUCUGACAUAUGGCUUUCGAGUGCGCUGCGCAGCCCCGCGUUGUUGUCGGCAUUUUUAUAUGGUACACUGAGUCAUGAAUUCGUCCUCGAGCGUAUGCAAAGUGGAACGCCGUCGAGACAAAGACGACAGAAAAUGCUACAGAUUAUGGUUGCAGAGAAUGAAUCCAUACGAAGGAUUAACCAGGCUUUACAAGACCCUGCGGCCCAAAAGACAGAUGAACUGCUUAUGGCCGUGUUUUUCAUGGGUUAUAGCCGUUACGACGAAGCGGUCUUCUCACCCGGUCGUGACCACCACAAAUCUCCUCUAAACGAUAUACAGUGGGCAAACAUAUACUCAUAUCUUGAUUACGACGAGGUACACGUCAUGGGUCUGAUUCGAUUACUUGAAAUUCGUGGUGGCAUUGAUGCUAUUAAGAUGGCCGGUUUAGCCGAAAUGAUGUCUCUAGCGACGAUCAUGUUUUCGUCCAAGUUCUUACGCAAACCACUUUUCCCUUACACGCCAAUCAUCAAGACCGCUGGGCGGCACCAGCAACCCGACUGGCCUCAGCCUAUUCAGUUCCUUUUGGAAAUGUACAAGGGAGGUGAAUUUCCCAAGAUGGUUGAACUUGGUCUUCCCAGCGAACUUGUUACGCUAUUUAAGGAUAUGUACAGCUAUAACGCUGUCAUUGAGUUAUACACUCAAGGCAUUUUCGCUGGAUCCUUUGUCGGCUCCGAUGCACCUAUUAUGGCUGAUCGCCGUAACUCGAUCCAACACCGAGCUUUGUCUUUGCCGUCCGCAGACGAGUUGGGCAUGAGCGAAGUUUGUCCAACCUAUGAACCGCUCAGACUCGCUACGCUUGUAUAUUGUCUGCUCACCAUAUUUCCGCUGGUUCCCGCUAUGGCGCCUUUCCCUCAGUUGACGGCACAGUUACGACAAGCUCUAUUCAGCCAGUCCCUGCCGAAGGCCUGGAAGACCGUUCCAGAGCUAUUUGUCUGGACUUUGGUUGUUGGCGGUAUAGCCUCAAAUAAACCCGAGACCGUUACCUGGUUCGCUGCGAUGUUGAGCCAGGUCGCCGUUGCCACGAAUCUUUCAACUUGGGCCGAUGUCAAGAAAAUACUCAAGUCGGUUUUAUGGGUAUCGCCCAUCUGUGACGACAAGGGAGAAGAAUUAUGGAGAAAAGCCGACAAUCUUCGCACUCAAGUUCAACGCCAUCAAGAACAACAACAACAUCGACGUAAUGGCGUGCCUAUGCGCUUAAGGGCGGAACCUGCCAGUUAGUUUCUUCUUCGAUAAAUCUUUUCUUUGGAAACCAUUUUCUCUUACGAUUUGGUUUGCUUCAUUUUUCUAUAUAUAUAUAUACACAUAUACACAGUGUAUAUACACACACACACAAUAUAUAUAUUUGGAGUCCGGGCACAAAAUACCCCAAAUGUGAUGAAUGAAAUGACAUGUAAUUAAUUUCAUUUGUUUCAAGCUUAUUGUUGUUGGUUUCUUUUUUCAGAGGCUUUCUUUCUAUUCCAUUCUGUUUAUCUAUCCUACCCUUGUUGCAAGGUUGUGCUUAUUACUUUGCCACACUUUUACAAACUUUGGUAUUCAGUCAUGACGAAUAUACUCGGUUUGAUGAGUUCAUCUACGAUAGUUGUUGGUACUAAGACUAUUAGUUGAGGAUAUGUUAGGCCUAGGUAUGCUCUAAUUGUCCAUUAAGACGCAUAUGUUUCCAAGGUUUCAAUUCAAUACUGAGGAAGGUAUAAGGGUUUAGGUGGCACAAUACAUUCAUUAAGUUACAUAUGUAGGAUGUAAGCGUGGUAUGGCCUCCUGUCGUGAGACCUACACAAGUAGACAGUAAAUAUACCUGCCUAUAGAGGAAGGUGAUUAGUAUGGUUAAUCAUGUUGUCUUGAUACAGCGUAUCGUGAGACCUACCUAGGUUUCUAUCUAGAGAUCGUUGGUCGAAUUCGGGUCUGCAUAUGCC